GGGUUUUGUCGCUCACAUUGCUACGUGACGAGGACUAGCUCAAAGAGAACAACCCAUUUUUCACCGUUCACAUUUUGCUGAUGUGAACAUAAUUUGUCGCCAACUGUUGUUUACCGCCAAGUUUCCUCUAAGGUGUUCUUCAAAGGGAGAGAGGAAGGCCGACCAAGAGUUGACGAAAAUGGCUGUCCAUGGAUGGAUUGCGGUUCAGUUGGUUUUAGCCCUAAUCGGUUAUGCGACAUCAUUCGAGUACAAAAUUGGUGCAAUGUACGGCGCAAACACCCACGAGAAAGAUUUGUACAAGAAUCUAUUUACGGACGCGUCCGUGUUCAUCAACAGGGACCGGGAAUUGUCGAAUGAUGGUAGAGACAGGAUUUCCAUCUACAACUAUGCACCGGUUGGUGGUAUAGAGUGGGCUCUACCAAACACACCCCAAGCUCUUAGAGCAGCCUGUACGUUUGCUAGCUCGGUUGAUUUGCAUGGGUUGAUCAUACCAUCUGACAUGUGUCCAAACUGUGGCGGUCAUACAGGUCGGAUUGUAGGUGAUGCUUUUAGUCCAGUCAUAGCCUUAGACCAAGCUGAAGGUUCUAAUGCCUACAAGAUGCUAAUGACUGAUUCAGACCUAAUGGACCUCUGGAUUAGCGUAAUCAAUCAUUACAAAUGGCAAGACUUCAUAUUCAUCUACGAUGGAGAUUCAGCUUACUCCGUGGCCUUGAUGUUAAUGGCUAUGGAAGAAGAUAAUGAUUGGCAUAUAGUGCCUUAUGAGAUUUCUGAGGAUUGGGAUGUUAUGGCUAAGGAUCUCAAGAAGAGAAGAAUUCAGAAUUAUCUUCUCUACGUUCAUGAGGAAGAACUCUUACCGGACUUAAGGGACUGGAUGUUGGAUAGCGGUAUGUUUGGUGACAAGUAUCACUGGAUCUUUGGAAACAUGGAGCCUCCAAUUAGUCGUAACUUCUUGGACGACAAGCUUCGGAUUCAUACUUCCUUCUUGACUCGCUUUAAGAUGGAAACCGUCUUUGGAGUGGAUCAAGAUGUCCAUACCAGAAACCCCAUUCCUCCAAGGAAGUGGCCGUUCAGGCAGAGAACCGCGUACGAUUCUAUGGUGUUCAUGGCUAAAGCUGUGAUGGCUUAUCAUGCAGAGUGGAAUAGAUGGCCUGAAGCAGUCCCAAAAUGUGGAGAAGACAUCGUAUGUGACUUAGACCCGACCAUGCAAAAGAUCUCCCAUGAAGGACUGAGUGGCGAAGUGGCUUUCAAUGAAAACAGGGAUCGAGUCAACUACACGAUCAACAUCUUCAUGGGAAAAGACAAGCAUAACAUCCUACAGGCCGGAAGAUGGACUCAAAACAUCGACCAUUACGAGCGGAAGAAAGGAGUCAAGUGGCCAGAGGGCAAGGGUCGCCUAGACAUGUUCCCAUUCAGGCAAUCUGAUCAAGGGUACAUCAAAAUACUAUCCAUUGAGGAGCCACCUUUCAUGAUGUUAAAGGAUCGUGACUACACUCGCGAGACUCGUCAGGUUGAAGAGAAUGAUGGUUUAGACCGUUACAUCGGUUACAUUCCAGAGUUACUCCAACAUGUCAAGAGAGUAUUCGAGGAGGACAUGCACAUGGAAUUCAAAUAUCGAAUCGAGCUAGUCUCGGAGGGAUACUACGGGAAGCGGAACCCAAACACUGGAGAAUGGGACGGCCUAGUCAAGGAAUUACAGGACUCGGAUGCAGAUCUAGCAGCAGCAGCUUUUACCGUGACCAGGCCAAGAGAAGAAGUCAUCGACUUCUCUAAACACUUCGUCAAGAGUAACAUAAUGACCCUGAUGAAGCAUCCUAACUGGAGACGCGACUUCCCCUUUAACUUUGCUUUCUCAUUCCACUGGGAUACCUGGCUGGUCAACCUCUUUGCUCUUGGUAUUGCCAUCUUAGCCAUAUGGCUCAUCAUGAGAUACCACCCCCUGGAGUAUAGGAGACAGGCUGCCACAGGAAACGCUACACAAGAACAGGCCGACAGCUAUACCCUUCGCAACUCAGCAUGGACGCUCGUAUGCAUCAUGUUCUGGCAGGGUCACAAGUCAUCACCAAAGUCUUACUCUGGUCGAAUUAUGCUGGCAACAUGGUUCUUCUUCUGUAUUGUCAUGCUGUUCCUCUUCAUGUUGAAUCUCAGUGACUUCAUAGUCAUUGACAAAACCAUUCUCUUCAUCAACGACCCAGUGGAUCUUCUGAACGAGCCACUCCUCAAAAUCGGCAUGGUAAGGGAUAGCCCCACCCACAAUUACUACUCCAUGUCUACCAAUCCAGAUGACCAGCAGCUGAUGACACUUAUGGGGGUGUUGGAUCGAGCUCCAUUCGUACAGAAGUUGAGAGAUGGCGCCCUCCGUGUACGAAACGACAAUGGACAUUAUGCCCUAGUCAGUGAAGAGAUCAUGCUUUCAUUCUACACCCAGAAAGGUCCCUGGUGCGACCUGUACAUCGCUGGUGACCCUGUCAAAAAGAUCAAGUUUGCCUUUGCCACGCCUUCUGGCUCUCCGCUCCGAGACCAGAUAACAUACGUCAUGAAUAAGCUGGGUCAGGAAGGCGUCUUGCAAGACCUGGCUGAGAGGCGAUGGUUCGGGGACCAAAAAUGCGAGAAUGAGACGAUCUGGGAGGAGGAGAGCCUUCUGUCCAUCAAUGCUAAUGAUCUGGAAGGUAUAUACUACGUCCUAGCUAUGGGUGUAGUUCUUAGUGUCAUCAUAUUCUUCAUAGAUGUCUUGAGUUUCUGGCAGUAUGGGAGUUGCUCCAAUUCAGGUACACAGCUACCACCGACUGGCCAAGUCGCCCGUCGUAAUCGGCAAGGGGAUAACGGCAUUCGUCUUACCGACAACCCAUCCUCGUCAACCCCACCUCCUGUCCGAAAUGACGGCUAUGAUUACGGUGCCAAACCAACCGAAAAAUCACCAAACUUGUGGAUUUGAAACACAUACUAACUUCAAUGUUGUAUUGUCUUUUUUCCCUUUUAUAUUUUGUUUCCGAAAAAGUGAAUUAACAACAGUGACAUUUUCUAUGUCAUGAUGUGCAACAUGCGUUUAAGGUCAUAUAUUAUGAGAAUAAAGAAUGGAAAAGGAACUUUAAGAACAAAGGCCUUUUACAAACGUCGGCUUGGAUCUCUAAGGUAUGGGCUCCGACAUCAAUUUUGAAGCAGUGUACAUUUUGCAUGGUGUAUUUAACAUUAAAAGGAUAAUUGGGUCCCAGCUGGGGAAUAAGCCGAAGUUUAGAAAAGGCCCAACACUGAACAAGAAAAUAGUAGAACAAGAUCAUCUUCAAACUCUCAGUUCUUAACCUUACCAUCAGUUAUAAAUAAAGACAUACAUCACCCCACCCAACAUGCCUUUAACGAUGCGUAGUGAUUGUAGUAAAAUAUUCGUUUUCAGACGUGUGGACCAUUUUGUAUAAACACUUGUUAAUUUUCGCGGAAAAGGUUGUACUAGAAACUCAUUAUAAAAUUAUAUUUUUGGUUUCCUACCUUGGGUUUAUACAGUGUUCAGGCUGAAACGCGGACAAUCUAUUUUUGUAUAUAUUUGGAAAAUUUACAACUCUUUUAGGAAUAGCUAGCGAAUAUUAGUUUAAUACUGGUCUCGAGGCUCGGAAUGUAUAUUUUCGGAUUAAAACUUUUGUACAUGUAUCGUCAUACAUAAAAUGUUUGCUCGUUUAGCUUUAGAUUUUGCAGACACUAUUAGUAUUACGAAGCUCUAGACGGACACCUAAAAGACAGCUGUAAAAAGAAAAUUCCCUGCAAUGGGCGUGUCUUUGUCACGAGUAACUCACGAGCACCCAUCAAUAAGCACAAUUCUUAAGAUUUUGUUUGUUAAAUAGUUCAAAACAACAGUCAAUUAAUUAAUUAUCAUGUUAUUUUAUACAUAUAAUGAACGUUUUUGCCUGUUAAUGGGACAUUCAAUCUUUCAACUCACGAAAAAUAUUCUCUCCGUUGCUCGAAUGCAAAAUUAUAAUUAUUUGUUCAAUAAAACAUUCAGGUAGGUAGAUCUUUGUAGUUUGAUGGCAAAAAUAUUUACAGAAAUGUACAAAAUUGUGUUCUGGCUUCCACUGCGACGUUGUUUUCCCGUAGGCCAAGCCCACGUGACCAGCAAUCAUCCAAUCAAAUGACAAGGACGAACUUGGGUGUCAGACAGUGUCACACGAACUGUCACUUUUUUUGUUCUCACUGUGUGGUGUGUAUCCUUUGCUGUCAUAGUGAAUAAUCUUGCUCAAUCAUAAAGAGCAAUUCUUUCACAUGUAUAGAUUUUACAAUGAUUAAAUGUAUUUACUUGUUUGCAAGAUAUUUUACCAAACGUAUGUUAAAUACUAUCUUGAUUUGUAACAUUUAGAAUAGAAAAUCAGAACUUCAGUUUGAUUUUGUCAUAUUUUGGUUAACAGUUGAAAUAUUUGAAUGGUGUUUAAUAAAUUACUAACCGCGGGAUAUUUUA